GGAUAACUCAGUUGUUGUAGAAGCUUCCUUUCUUCCUUUUAGUCAAAUUUGAGGAUGCUUCCCUUUAAUAUACCGUUAAAUGCCUCCUCAACGUCGGGUUGCCCUGAUAAUUCCUCUUUAGCAAACGAAAAGGAAGCAGCAAUGGUUCUUGUUGGAAUCAACAUCGUGGCAAGUAUUUUAGGCACCUUGGGUAACUUAUUCGUAUGCAUUACAGUGUGUACCACUCGAGGCAUGGUCUCAAGUUUUCAUUACUUCAUCGUAAGCCUUGCUGCCGCGGAUUUGAUGGUUGCACUCUUGGAUCAACCUCUCCUCGUUUCUAUGAUUUUUGCACACGUAAAAUUCAAAUGUAUUCCGGUCGUGGAUAAAAUGUGUCGCGCAAUAGGCAACUUUGCGUGUGCUGUCUCGUUGUUGACACUGGCCUUGAUUGCUCUCGAUCGGUGCUUGUUUGUAUUGCCAUCGAUUAAUUACAAGAAUACGAUGACAACAGGAAAAAAAAUAGUUUUAGCAGUGGUGUGGACUUUAGCUGGUGGAUACGCUGCUCUAAGGCUCACUAUGAACAAAACGGUCACAUCCUAUCUUACUGCCGCCGUGUUUGGCGUUUGUUACGUAGAGAUGAUUCUAUGUUACACAGUAGUUUAUUACCAAGUCUUCAAACAACGCGAAUUUCUCAAAGGGUCACGUGUACGCUCUGAGACAACAGAGCAAGUCGAAUCACUGGAAAACAAAGCCCAAGAAAAUAUUUCAGAGCGCCGUUUUGCUCGCACGAUCGUUAUGGUUUUGUUGGUUUUCACGGGAGGAUGGUUUCUCCUUUUCUAUCUUCGGUUGACACAACCUAAAAAGAACUACGGAAUCAUGUACAAUACUGGACGCACUAUGGCACUUUCAGCUUUUGCCAUAAACCCUGCACUAUACUGCCUCAAUAAUAAAGAAUAUUGGCGAGCGUUCAAAAGUAUUUUAAUGAAAUUCGUCUGUGUUCUUUCAAAGAGAAAGCGAAGGGAAAACUAUGAACGGAUUAUGUGAAAGCGGAAGUGCAACCCCGGAAGUGAAACUUAGGAAGUGACCGUGACAUACUCAUGUGACUAUGAGACAUUGCAAAGUCAAAGUGGUGUGGAGGACAUUUCUUUGCUGUGUAAAAGUGAAAAAAUAAUGAAACAAUAUAAAGACGAUAUGUAGCGAAAUGGAAAAGUAAGUGAGUUUGUUCUGCUUUGUUAAUCUUUUAACCAGAUAUAAAUUUUUGUUUUGGAGCAGUGCUUACCCAAAAAAAUCGUAUACAGGAUAUACAACUUCAUUUCCAGGGUCUCUUCUUUCCGUCUUCCUUCUGUCGCUCCUCUUGGUGGGAAGACGGGUUAAGUGGGUAUAUUUCCGUGGACCGGAAGUGUUUAUGAGGACGU